AUGGCCAAACGUUUCAAAUUGAAGUUCAAUAUCCCUUCGUUUCAAAUGUGUCGCUCAAAAGACCUUUCCUCUUUCCCUGGAAACCCCGUUCCUGCCAUAUACCGUCUUUCACCCGUUAACCACAACGCACGUGACACAAAGCAUCCAAGCCUUCUUCCUUCUCCUUCUCCGUCACCGUCAAAGAUAACGUCCAUCGCGCAGAGAUGCAAAAUGUGCUGCGACAAGGACAGUUUGAAGAAACUGAAAUCCAGCGUUCCGUCGAGGCGAAGCGAUUUUCUGAUCGACAACGUCGAGGAAGACGAAAGCGAGACUCUGAUUUCUUGCAUGACAAGUUUCUCCGACGAGUUUUGUCUCGGCGAGGAGAAGGAUUUGAGUAGUAGUAGCAGCCUGAGAAGGAAGAAGAUGGGCAGCGUAAAGAAGGUUCGGAGGGUGAGGUUUCAGAGUUCGGAGAAACGGAGAGGAACGGAGGUGAAGAAGACGACGGUGACGAGGAGAAGUGUGGAGGGGAAGGUGAAGGAGAGCUUCGCGGUGGUGAAGAAGUCGAAGGAUCCUUAUGAAGACUUCAGGAAAUCGAUGAUGGAGAUGAUAACGGAGAUGGAGAUGUCUGAGGCCGAAGAUUUGGAGCAGCUUUUGCAGUGUUUCUUGGCUUUGAACUCGCGGAGUUAUCAUGCAGUUAUUGUGCGGGCUUUCAUGGAGAUUUGGCAACAAAUGUUCGUAAUGAAAAAUCUCCAAACGAACGUUAAAACUCAGGAAAAGUAA